CGCCCGGGGGGAGUCAGUCGAGCGGCGAGAGAGCGACAUGGCGGCGCGCCCAACCCGCGCGGCGGCCCCGCGGCCCGGGCCGCGCGAGUAGGUCGCCAUGCGCGAUGCGGUAUGAGGCAGCGCCGCGCCCGGCGGGCCGGCCCCCGCUAGCGGCGCCGCCCCCGCCAUGCGAGCGCCGCCGCUGCUGCUACUGCUGAUGGCGGCCGCGGGCCUGGCCGUGAGUCCGCUCGCGCGCCUCAACCCCUGGCUGAGCGCGUGCGACCUGGAGGAAGAGGGUGCGGGCGAGAUGCGCGACCGCGGGGGCACGGCGUGCAGCGGCAGCGGCGGCGCGGCCGAAGCGCUCACGGAGCGCGACGUGCCGUACCUGUGCGCGCUGGAAGCCAGUGAACGCGCGCGUCGUCUGACGAACCUGCGACUGCGCACCUGCUGCGAGCGUUCGCCCGCUUCCGUGCUGCAUCCUGCCGCACGCACCGACAUGCUCAUCGGCGGAGAGCCCUGCGAGCGCACGCUGCAUGAAAUCCUUGGGCUAGACGCAAUGGUCGCACGCGUGCAUUAUGAGUUCGCCGACAUCCUCGGUCGUUACGAUUGCGACCAGGCCUACUCCGUUCACUCAUGUUACGAGUGUCAGGAAACGUAUCGUCGAUGGGCAUGCAGCAUGAUGGUGCCGCUGUGGGUAGUAGACGGAGCGGAGGAGGCAGGCGAGGAGGAGAGCAGACCACGGCGGGCGCCCGCAGAGCACGCGGUGCGGUGGCGUGCAAGGCACCUAGAGCGCGUCGGGCACCUGGACAGGCGGCGCGGCGGCGGCGUGGUGGGGCGCUGGGUGCGCGCCGCAGCCGCAGGACCCGGCCGGCCCCCCCUUCGGCUUAAACCUUGCCUCUCGGUCUGCCAGCUUGUCGAACAGCACUGCCCCUACUUUCUACCGGCAGAUCGUGCGCCCGCAUACCCCACGCAAUACGCUGGCGAACCAACCUUCUUAUGUCUCGAUUCACGCAUUCCCGAGACUGGGGCUCAGGCGAACAAGUCCAACUACGGAAGGGAGGAUUGUUGUUAUUGGUAUUGCGCGUCGGGGUUAUGUCACAAGUGCGAGCCGGGGCUGAUCGAGGCGCCGCUGCCUCGUCCUGAGCAAUGCGCGGCGGUUGAGGAGCGCGUCCCCACGUGCUCGGUGCCCUAUCAAGCGCCCGCCGCGGCAGCCGCUGCAAGCUCCGCCGAAUCCCUGUGCCCUCUCUUACUACUCCUCGCACUCGUGCUAAUAGUUAUUACGGCACAAUAUCGGACCCGUUGGACCGCCAUCACGUUUCUAGUGAAUAUGUGCGUUUCGAAGUUAUAGUUAUACGUUAACGUGCGUAGCACUCGCGUCGACUUACGCGAUCGUCGGAUCGCGACUAGAACUUCUAAUAGUGCUGAACUUAUGAAAAUUAAUAACGUGCGGACAAAAGUUCGAUGAUCCCUGCUUCUCGCGGUGCCGAUAACAGAUCGGCCGCCGCGAGCGAAAGCAGGAAUAGACUGUAAGUUAAUAUUUAUACCUAAAUAACCGGUUAACCCGCGACAGAAACACCAAAUUAUUUCAAUCGAUAAUUUUUGUAAUAUCUCAAGUAGAUGCUGUAAGCCGACGUUCCGGCCAUUUGUUUUCGGCAUUUAUGUAUGUUUGUAUGUAAACGAGUAAUAAAUAGUCUUAUGUUAAUUUACACGAUGAUAUUACAUGAAGUUUGAAAUAUAUAAUAUAUAUAUCUAUAUAUUUUACGAAGAUCAUUAUUCAUAGACAUGCUAUGUUUUCUAAUAAUUUAUAUCAACAGAAACAUUGUUCGUAUCACUCAAUUACAAUAUUUAAAACAUGUGUGGUGAAUAUUGCAUUUCUUAGGGAUCAGGCGAUGGUUAUAAUUUAUUCCAAUAUUUUAUUACACAAUGACCAACAUUUAUGUGCAGUUAAUUAAAUCAAGCACGUUCUUAAAUUACAUUAACGUUUUUUAUUAUGACUUUAUUGUCACUACAAGCAUAUAUAUAUCGUUUCAGGGUUUAUAAGUUGCAUAUUAAUCCAUCAACAUUAUGAAAAAGUUCAACGUUUUGAGAGAAAAAAAAUAUGUUUGUAAUAUUCACUUAGUCUAACUUAUUUCCACAUAUUUAGUGAGUUCAUUGUGAAUCCAAGAUCGGUUUUAUUAUGUUUAUGCUAAAAGUGUAUUUCGAAAACGUUUCCACUUGAUUUUUUUCUAUAGAGAUCAUCUCGAUUUUAUAUUAGCACGUAUUUUUUUCUGUUUAUUGUACUGAAAUUGUAAUAAUCAAAGUAUUGAAGUUUUUGUCCAUAGUCAUAUAAACCAUAAUUUUUAAUAUUUUAUAUUACUAGCGAAUGAGUAAUGAUAACUAUGAUUUUUCUAAUACCCUUCAUAAAGCUAGAUUUAAAUUCGUUAAAAAAAAAUCAGUUUCUAUUUGAUGCUGAAUUAUGAACUUAUUUUCGCGAUGAGUUUAGUUAAUGUAUGUGAAAAAGAAUUAAAUAAAGACCAGCGUUUUAUCUUUAUUCAAAUUAUACUCAUUUAAAAACGGAAAUUGGGUGGAAACUGACGCGAACUUAAAAGUAAAUUUCAAACGUAUGACAAGAAUAUGGUUAUGUUCCUCCUGAAUACAAACUGAUUGUCGACACCGUGCCUGGUCGCUUGAUUUCUGGAACGCCUAAAUAGUUGGUCUAUUAUUAUUAUGUGUAAAUUUUGGAGACAUUAACAUAGGAUUAAAGGUAGUUGUUGUUUUGUAAGAAUAAAAUACGAUAAAUACAUAUCGACGCUUGAAAGGUAAACGUGACUAAGCGACAAUGCGUGAACUUUACAGUAUACUAAUUUAAAGUUGAAAUACCUGAAAACAAAGUUUAUUUUAACGAAUCUAGCUGUAGUAGAAUCUGGUUAGUAGCUGUAGGAUUGAAAUGAUUUUAAUAGACCUAGAAUUUUUUGUUUUUGCGCAUCGAAUAUGUUUAUUGCCUAUCAUUUAUGUGCAAAGCAGUUAUUGUCGCUUAGUCACGUUUGCCUUUCAAGCGUCGAUAUAAUGAAUAUUAUAUGUAAUAUCCGUCUUAUGAAUUAUCAGUCAUAUAUAAAAUGGUUAAAGAUGGUUUUUAUAUGAAUUGAUUUUUAAUAAUAUAUAAUAUGAUAUAUAUUGUAUGUACAUGUACAUGAAUUCCAUUAAUACUAAUAAUACAAUGUCAUAACAAUUAUUGUCAUACCGACUAUAAAUGUUACUGUGUUUUUGAGUUUCCUGUUAAUUUUUGGAAAAUUUUAAACUUAUAGAAGUAUCGUUAAACAUUAUGUGAUGAAAAUUUAAUAAAAUAAGACUUAAUUGCGAGUCAUUUGUUGAAAAUACCUCGUUCGAGGAUCGUAGUUGUUGUAUGCAAAUAGUAAACAAUAAUUAAGUAAGUUAUUUUUUACGUUUUUAUUGUGUACAUAAUAAUAGAAAUAUUCGUUAUUUCCACUGUCACGUUUAUCGAAAGUCGCCGAAGGUGCUAAAGGUCUAUUAAUGCUUCUUAAGAGUUUAUUGAACCCGAACGGAUGCUCAGUGGUAAUGACUUGAUUCGUUUCACGUCUGCACGCCUGGUCCACGACCACUCCUGGUGCGGCCACUGGAAACUCUUCGCUGCUGGCACCGACUCUUCCUUCUAUCGUUCGGUACGCUUCGUACCUUUAUCUAUUUUCAACAUUGACUAGUGAUUCAAGCAACGCCUGGUAGACUACAAAAAAAAUUUCUUCAGAAGCAAAACAAUGAAACAUUUGCUUAUUCGUGAGUAAACUAUUAUUUCACUCGAUGAAUAAUAAUACUACUUACACGUGAUCUACAGUGCCUUCACUUGUAAGUGAAAGCGUUGCGCAAUGAGGACAUUUUCAUGGAGUUACAAUGUUGCCGUUAAAUAAAAUAAAAAAUAAUUAAAAUUAGUUGUUAGCGACAGACGUAAGUGGAGGGGAAUCGUGCUGAAUUGAUAUUCGUAAAUUGUACGUAUUGAAUGUAUGAAUAGAGCUGGACUCUCGACGAGUUCCAUUUACGUAGAUAUUUUACUAGCUUAUCGAUGAAUCGUCGAGUUUUUAUAAUAAAAUCGUCCAUGUUUAAUUUGUUCGCUUUUUAUAGUAUUUGUGAUUCCCGUGAACUGUACGUAUUUUAGGCAUCAGCCUAAAUUACUAAGAUUGGUAAAUAUUUGUCGCAACGGCAUGCACUGUCGCUCCAAUAAUAUUCCAUCCACACAGACGAGUGAUUUUCCUUCGAACAUUAAUUACACAGCUGUAUAACUGACGAUAUUUUCAAAUAAUAAUAAUAAUAAAAAAAAUAGUUAUAGUAUUUCUCUUGAAGAGAGUGUAACAUAGGUGUUAGUGUUUGAAUUGUUUGUAUUUAUAUAAAAUAGUAAGUCGGCCGUUUGCAAUCGUACCAAUUUAGUACAAUAAUGUAUUGAAACUCAUGGAUAAAAUUAGUAUUUUGUUGGCCGUUGCAUUCUUUUAAAUAUUCAAUAAUAAAUGUUUAUAUUUGAAUAUUAACUAUGUUCUCAAUCGAAACAAAUCUUAGGUAUCAUGAUACAAGAAUACUGUUAAUGUCUAGGUCUUACAAGUUCACUUAUCUUUCGGUAGGGCCACUUUCACGAUUUGUACAAGUUUGAAAGCUAUUGUAUAGUAGAUGUAUAAUGAAUUACUAGACCUUAAUAAAUUGGAUCACUUUGGAGCACUCGUUAAGACUUACACAUUGAUGUUCAUCCCUGUCCUUGUGAGUGUUUCUUCUCUGCUAAUUUCGACGUCUUCACGUAACUUCGCUAUCUCUCUAUUAGGCGAAAUUUAUAAUUAAGAAGACCAAAAUUGUAUCAGAAUUUGUAUAAAUAAGUCUUGGAAAUAAUUCUGAGCAUUAGGAACUGAAGUGGAUGUAAUAAUACUAACGUUUCCAUUCGUGUAACGAGUUAGCACAAGUUGAAUGAAAGUAGAAUCCGGGCCAAACAAUUUAUUGUUUAUAUUAUAUUUUUAUCACUAGAAUUCAAAUUAAGAAUGAAACAUGCUCUAACAAAUGUAAUUAAUCAAUUUAUUUCAAUACUAGAUUGUGCAAAAGUGACCUCGGAAAUUGUUGGUAGGUCGUAUCGAGGGAUGUUUAAUGUAUCCUAAAUAAACAGUGUGUAAACCAGAAACAGUCUAAUUCCUUUUGUUUACAGUGAUUAAAUAAGCACUUAUAUGCUAUUACACAUAUUGUUUAUUCCUGUGGAGAAGCAAGCACGAUUCGGCUUAAAGGGCCAUUGACCACGUAAGAUACAAAUAAUAAACCAAAAAAGCGACAUCCUCACUACACAACAUGCACACGAAAAGUUAUUGAGAAAUACCGUUCUCUAAUCUCUUAAUUUAUCCAUGAGUUGUUAUAAUCGAUAGUGACUAGCGAAAGAAUAAUUCUAUACCAGGAGCUAUACUUUCAUUAAAUUAUAUGACAACUAAAUAUAACAAAUCUUUUAAAGACGCUUGGGCAAAAGGCAAAGUGACCAAUAAACAUCCAUGUGACGGGAGGACGCAAAGGGUAGGAACUUCUUGCCAUUUGUGGUUAUUUGUUGUUGUUGUUUUUUUUUUUUUGAUGAUAGAACGUGUUGAGAAUUUUAGAUUUGUUGUGUCAUUUUGCCCGACGUUGCCGUAGUUGUGUUCAGUGCAGUGCGGCUCCUUGGUGAGAACGCGGCGGCAGACGUUAAGGGUGCCUGUCCACCGGAGCGGAGCGAGGCAGCGGAGCGGAGAAACGGAGAAAUAUUAACCAAUAAGAUUGCACAAAAUCAGUUUUGCAAUCUUAUGAUUUUGGACGGGCGGACAGGCACCCUAAUGUGCCGCGACAGCCUCAAGCGGUUCCGCUGCCCCCUCUAGUCUUAGAAUAACGUAUAUACAUUUCGUUUUGUUAAAUGUUUUGUGAUAGUGUGUAUUUUACGUUUUUGAGUAAUGUACGUAUAUUUUGGGUGUACAUAAAUAAAAUGUAAAUGUUUAACGCACAAAUAAUGAGAUACAUUAUUAUUCAUGUAAAACGGUUUACGAAAAAUUAUGUAAUAAGCUGUGUAACUGAUAAAAUUUAAUACAAACGUAGGGACUUCUGAGAUCUAUCUAUCGGCAUAUUACAUUUUAGUUUGUAAAGUUAAAUCUGUUAUUUCACUGUUCUUUUGUUUGUUAACCAUACAGAUACAUAUAAAUCAAUCGAAAUUUAAAACAUUUACACGUAAAACAAUACAUUGUUUUAAGUUAAUGUUAUUCUUGAAAUUCAAUUUAGUACUGAUCUCACAGUAAAAAAGAAAUAAGUAUGUUUAAAUUGCUUUCGGGGUCGACAAAAAUGGCAAUCGGCUGUCUGUUUUUUUUUUAAAUUCAAUAAAUUGUAAUGUAAGCAAAACACCAAGACGUAGCCUUCUACUUUAUAUUCAAUUCAUUGGAAUAAGCACGACGUUACGUGACUCAAACGUUAUUAAAUUGUGCACUUUAAAUAUAGUUUUUUUAACUAACACAUAUGAGGGAAGUGUUAGAAAUAUCAAUAAUAUUACUCUAGAUAGGUGUGGUGACCUUUAGCGAUGUUCACCACUCAAUAAUCAUUCAUCGAAACAGCACAUUACGUCGAUCUAAGGUGUAAGUAUAAAUAUGGAUAUGCGAUCCUCGUAUAAUUUUAUGCAGAAGACAUUCCAAGGAAAAUGGAUUUGAUUGUAGCAUAUCCACAAGAACUGACAUUUGAUUCAGAGCCACAGAUAAGACAAAUUAAUGGAUCUUCAAAUAUGUUCUAUAAUAUCAGAGCAUUACUAAUUGAACAUACUAAUAAAGACGACAAAAAUAUUUCUAUACAGAAACACUGAAAUCUAUUAUAAAAUAAUCGAAGGAAAAAAGCACGGGACCUAUUUUUAAAAUUUCGAUUGCAUUCGAAAUUGAUUACUUAUUGUAUUGAUAAUAGUCUUAAUCACAAAUCAUAAAGAAAUGUUUAUGCUACAAUCAGCUCAUCAAGAGAACAACGAAAAACGUGAUUUAAAAAAAGGAUUUCUAUUCCGUUCUUGGUGAAUGGUGUUUAUUAUUUUUCGAUAAGCUCAACGAACACUAUAAUACUUUAUUUGAAUAAGAAUAUUGGUGUUUUCAGAAUCUUUAAAAACGUUAUAAAUUUAAGUAUAUACUUUACUGUGUGACUGUCGAAUCUAACAUAAAAUAAGAUUGUGUCCAUUUUAUGUCUGUACAGAUGCAGAAAAAUUCGUAUCGUAUAAUUUGUAAGAAAUUUCACGACGUGUUAUUAAAAAAAAAAGUAUUUUGUAUUGAACACAUUUAAAACCCCGAAAGAUUUAUUAUUACUCUGCUCCAAAAAAAUUCUGUUAGCGAUGUUACUAAAACAAGUAAGUAGGUCUGUUGCGAACUGAAACAAUCUCAAUAAAAACAUUCAGGAUAUUUUUUUAAUAAUUUCUAGUUAGUUAAGACUAACCUGUUUUUUAAUUUAAAAUUUAUGUUACCCUACGGCGGAAUCGCGUUCACGGAACUUUUGAUUUCAGUCUUGCAACAGAUCUAUUUAAUUGCUUGUUUCUGAUUUAUUAUAGGUGUGUAAAUUGCGUAAAUUAUUGCUGUUCUCGUCUAAAUAAAUAUCUUGAUAUUGUUUUAGUAGAAAAUAUAAUAAUUUUGUUUUAAAUACUUUAAUCUAUUGGCGAAUAUAGCUUACAAGCUGUAGGAACAUGACAAUCAUUCCCAAAAUUGAAAAGCAAUUUAUAUGCUAUAAGAUGUUUGUAAAUGAUUGUUGUGGAUGACCAGCCUUUCCAGUCAAAUUUUUUUGUUUGUUGUUAGAUAUGUAUGAACAUUUUCUUGCUUAGGAGUAACUGAAUUUUCUAUGAUUACUUUGUUUACUGUAUCACUACAAGAUGGAUGAUGACAUAAUAUAUAAUAUAAAAAAACGAAACUUCUGCUAUUCUUCGUUCUUAUUACUUUCAUUAAGUUCUAGAUCAUAUAAAUAUAUGUUGAAACUAGAGCAAUAGAAAGUAACAGAAGAUGAUUGUUUAACAUAAAUUAACAACAAUUUGUAAAUUAACUUGAAAUGAGUCAUCGACCAAUUCUAAAUGUGUGUCACAUGUCUUCAUAAUGCCUUCAACAAGAUUAAUAAGAUAUGUUACAGCAAUUUAACAUGUAUAAAUAUUAUCAUAACAUCGCCUAUUUGAUAGUGAGAGAAGUAGUGUAGUGUAAAGUUUAAUAUAUGAUUAACGAUGUAAGGCACGAUACGAUGGCGCCGGCUCACACUGCCACAGUACGCGCUCUGAUAUAUUGAUAUGAUCUAGGAUGUAUCGUAGGUGUUUCUCGAGUAGUGGUCGUGUUACAUAAGUCUUAAGUUUGCCUUCUAUGAUCAGUACGAGAGCGAAAUCAUUGAUCGGUACUUAGGUUUUUCUCACAUCCACUAGUUAUUCUGCUCGCGUGCUUCGGAAAAUUUUCAAUCAGCAAUAGGUAAAAGUGAGCGGCAUUUUUGGAAAAAAAUAUACGAGAACCGCCUGUUUAACCAGGGCGCUACGCCGCUUUGAGGGAAAAUAUACGAGAACCGCCUGUUUAACCAGGGCGCUACGCCGCUGUGAGGGCGCUACGCCGCUGUAAGGGCGCUACGUUGCUCUCGUCUACGCUAUGUAGCGGCUACUGAGGUGUGGCGUCGCGUCGAUAGCCGUGCCCUACCGAACGCGCCGCUGGUGCAGUCGGCAAAUCUCAAGUAGACAAGUCAAUUUCAUCCUUUUCAAUAUUCAUAGACAGAUGUUUAUUAUGAUUUGCAUUUUCUCUGAAGUUAGAAAGAUCGAGACAGUAGGUCGCACGACCGUGUUAUGAUGAAUUGUGGAAAUGUUUAUUAAAUACGUUUUGAAAGUGGUGUUAAAAUAUUAACAUAUAAACUUGUAAUUACUAACUUAAGAAGAAUUAUUGGAAAACAACAAAAAACGUUAAAUAAACCGAUAAAAAUUAA